AUGAAGAAGCUUGCAAAGAGUGAGAGACAGGCUGUUCACAUCUCCAACGCUACAAAUUUGGUCCUCUUUAUUGCCAAAGUUUAUGCCUCCAUGGAGAGUAGAUCCAUGGCUGUGAUUGCUUCAACUCUGGACUCUCUCUUGGAUCUCCUGUCUGGUUUUAUUCUCUGGUUCACAGCUAAUGCCAUGAGAAAACCAAACCAUUAUUCAUUAUCCUAUUGGCAAACGACGUAUGCAACCUGUGGUAUGUUGGUCUGUCCGGUAGCUCUUUAUUUGGUUUCUGUCUAUCAAACUGCUAUUCAUAUGAAUAGCACAGAGGAGCAAUGGAUGAUAGGGAUCAUGGCCUCUGUCACUAGAGUGAAGUUCCUACUCAUGCUUUACUGCAGAGGUUUUCAGAACGUAAUCGUUAGGGCCUACGCUCAGGAUCACCUCUUUGACGUUGUGGACAUUGUUUUGCCAGAGGACAUGAGACUGCAAGAGGCUCACAACAUCGGAGAGACUCAGGAGAUGCUCGAGCAACUUGUUGAGGUGGAACGCGCUUUUGUUCACGUAGACUUUGAGUUCACUCAUCUUCCUGAACACAAGUAUUAG